AUGGCUUCCUCACCGCCGCGUGUGCCUUCUUCCCCGAGUCCUUCGGAGAGUGAACCUCCCACACCAAAAGGGAAGAUCCAAGCCAUUCUAGCACAAUUCAGCGAUUCGGACUCUGGCGAUGCGGUAACAGACGCUCGACCUGCGAAUCCGAAUCAUCAUAAAACGAAUCCCCGUCCUGCUCCUCCAACCUCCGAUGAUGACUCCGACGCCGACGUCCCGGUUGCUAGGAAGAGCCGCAUGGCAGCGCGUCUCGCUACCGGCAGCAAGGCCGCCACCAUUUCUCCUCGCGCAGAUAAACAAAUCACUGAUACGUCCCCACGUCAUGUAUUGGGGCAACAGACUCGAGACAAUAGCAGCGAUGAGCUUGCCAGACCUCAGCCUCGCCGCAGACUCUUGACGAAGCGCAAAAGAAGUCCAGCAGCCUCGCCGAAAGAACGGCCUUCUGAGCCAGCGUCGCCACUGUUCUUUCCUUCACCUACUCGAUCCAGCGCCGCCGAGCCAGAGGAUGACGGCGUUGAGAUUCUCAACGGUGACGAACCCCAGCCAUCACUUGCCAAUUCCAGAUUCAAAGCACUGGUUGAGAAGCAGCGGAAGCGUCGAGAGGAAAAGGAAGACGCUGAACGCGCAAAACGUGCCGCGAGGGAGCAGUCGGCUCUGGCACAAAGAUCAUCCUCGAAGCGCCCUCGCGGCUCGAGUCCUGCCGACGAUUCCCAUGAGUCUAGCGAGGGCUCUGACGCAGACGCGGCACGCAAGAUCGCACAAGGUGCAAAACCUUCCAGAAAAGCAAGUAAAAAGGCCAUGGAGGAGAUGAAGAGAGAGACGCAAAGAAUGAGCAGAAACAUGCAACUUGCUCAUCAAGCCAAGGUAAAGAAGAGGAUCAGCAAGGAUGCUUUUUUGGCACGAUUUAAACUACGAACGGCAUCAAAUGCUGCAAAUGAACGUGCGAAUCUCUCCAGCUCCAGGACGGCCAGCCCUGAGUAUGGCUCUGACGCGGAUCGCGUCAGUCGCCACACGACGCCGCCAACCAGCCCACUCGAAGCACACGACUUGGUCGAUAAAAGCGCGGAGAACGCCCUUGUUGAACCAGAUGCUGUGAGUGGCUUAGGUCUCGUCCUAGAAGCGCCUUCGAUGGAGGAAAUCGGCCUUGAUCCUCAGGCCAACACCGACAAAGGCAAGGGCAAAGCCGCACCUCUGCCUGCGAUUCCUGACGAGCCGAUACAAGUCUCUACUGGCAUGGUGCCAACAUCAGAAGCACCUGCAGCUGACGUAGUCGCGGCCAAGAAAGAUAGAAAGUCUAGGAUUGCUGAGCUCUUGAGAGCAUCCCGUGCCAGCAGCACUGAGGACGAUGGCGAUGACCUUGAAGUCGUUACCUCGAAGGGCGAUAUGCGCAAGUAUGCGGCCUUUGAGCGACUGCCGAAACGUAAGGCGAAGGAGAUGCCAUCUCACCUCGCCCUUCGCGCCCUGGCGCAUGUGGGCGAUUCCGAACGCAACGACAGAGCCUCCAUGACAACUGCCGAGAUGCAAGCGAGUCUCAGACGUGCCGCUCGAGAGCAAGCUCGCAAAGAGCGACAAGAGAAAAUUGAAGAAUUGAAAGCGAAAGGUGUUAUCAUUCAGACAGCCGAGGAAAGAGAGCGAGACCAGCAGGAGGUAGAAGACCUUGUUGAGAAAGCACGUCAAGAGGCGGCCCAGAUCUCGAAGCGCGAGAAGGAAGCUGCCAAGAAGGAUGGUACCUUUGUCAAAGAUGGCCUUGAUGACGACGAUAGCGACGAAGAAGAUGAUGAUUUUGCUACGGACGAGGAGGAUGCUGCUCAAACAGAUGAUGAAGAAUCCGACGAUGAAGAAAUCGAAGAACGAGGCAUCGAAGACCUUGAGAAUGAAGAGGGCAAAUUGUUCGACGAUCAGGCUGACGAAGACGGCUCGGAGGAGGAGUUAGAAAUUGACUCUGCAGAACAUUCCGACGUCGAAGACGUGGCCGGCCAUCCUGAGGAUGACAGAAUGAAGUAUCUGCAGACACCUGCUCCACGCAGAUCUCGCAACACCCGCAUCCUCAGCGACGACGAGGACGAUGAUGCACCAAGAGUGGAGACUCCGGUGCUUCCACAACCUUCCAAAACCCCUCAGUCUCUGUUUAGGUCUGCUCGAAAGCAGAUUCCUGGACUUCACAUGUCCGAUGAUAUGCCGCUGGGCUUGACUCAGGCAUUCGAUGCAACGAUGGCCGAAUCCCAGACCCAGGAGGAUGGACAGACUCAAGCUCCAGACAGCAUUGACUGUGUCGCGGAACUACCAUCUCCUGGUAUUGCCAUGCUGCCUCAAUUGAACCGACUGGACUCUCUCGACAUGGUGAGUGAGAGCCAGCCAGCAUCACAGACACAGCCGCUCGAUAUAAGUCUGUCCUUCUCUCAAAGCCAGAGGAUCCCCGAGUCGCCUACUAUGACACGCCAAGCACAAGCAAUGCAGGCUACACCGUCUCAGCACGUAUUCGAGCCCACGCAAGAUGAAGGCUAUGUCUAUAGCCCUUUCACAGGCAAUCGCUUCGCUUCGGAAACUCCGCAGGCCGAUAUAAGCUCUACAGUUGAGACUGUGCCUUUGCAUGAGGUUGAGGCUAGCCCAAUCGUUCAGCGCAAGGGACGUCUGCGGAGAGGAAGAAAUCUGACUGGCGGCCCGGAAGAGGCUGAAGAAAAUCUCGCCUACGAGCCCACUGCUUUCGAGGUCAUGCGCCGCGCAGCCAGAAACGUCCCCGAACCUUUCGACAAGAAUACUUCCAAAGCACGAGACAUCAUUGACGAAGCGGCCGAAGAGUCUGACGAUGAAUAUGCAGGUCUUGGAGGUGCUAGCGAUGACGAAAAUGCCAACGAUGCCGAGAACGACGAUGAUCGUAGGAUGAUCGACCUCGAUACGCAGGUAGGAAAGGGCGACGAAGCUGCGCUUGCAGGUUAUCAUGCGGAUCGUGAACGCAGAAAGGAUGAAGCCGAUGUAUCCAAAUUGCUGCAGGACAUCACUACCGGAAGACUGCGAAAAAGACGUGGUGCCAAUGAUGAGCUUGACCUGUCCGAUGAAGAGGAUGCAGUAGCCCGAAAGCGUGAAGCCAAGCGCCGCGAAUUUGCUCGAAUGCGUCGCGAGCUGCUCAAAGACGAAGCUGUGGGCAAGAUCGCCGAAGAAAAGAACAAGGAAGCCUUUUUGCGGACCAUCGAGGAUCCGCGAGCGCUAUCAGAUGAUGACGACUUCGACGAGCCUGAUGGUAUACAAGACGAGUCACAAUCGCAAACAGAGCCCGAAGCGCGAUCCAGACAGGACUCACCUGCUGCAUUCGCAGGGACAAAGCGAAAGCGGCCCCUUGAAUUGGCUUCAGAAACACAGCUGAAUCGUCAGCCCCCUGCUUUGCGACGCAACAACGUCGACAAAAAACCAGCCACGCUCAUCGAGAUCCGCGAAAACCUCUCUUUCCUGGUUGAAGAAUCCGAGUCACAGGUUAAGACAAUGGACCAAGACACGUCGGAUUCCGAGGAGGAGCCAGAGAAAUAUGUUGACCUUGACCGUCAUGCUCGAGAAGCUGAGACAGAUGAGCGUGUCGAAGACGACGGCGAGGGAUUAGGCGAUUUCAUUGUCGACGACGAUGACGACGAAGAUGACCCAUCCCGAGAAGAAGUCGUCUUCAAGAAGCCACCGUUGCCCACAGGAUCGAGCAAUAGCGGGCAUAGCCAAAGUCGAUCCUCGCUCGCCCAUCGGCGGUCUCAAGCUACGGUGGUCAAUCGCCUCUCGAUGCUUCGGCAGUCGUCGUCGUCCAGCUCCACGACAAAGAUGGCAUUUAGCACCUCGACAAGCACGACUUUCAAGGUACCACCUCUUUUGCGGCGUGCUACGACCAACAGCAGCGUAUCGUCCCUGAUCUCGAACGAGAGCACCUCUGCGACCGGCGUCACGGUUGCGAAGCCGGAACGGGGACAUGUUAGUGAAGACAAGGUCUUCAUCCGAAAGAAUAACACUGGCAGAAGAAAUGCGGUCAACUUUCAGGCCGGUGAACGGCCGCAGAAGAUGAGUGAGCGUGCCGGUGUCAGUAAGAAGACGAUGAGCAAGUCUGGGAAGGGGAAGCGGACUGGCGGGCUAUUGGGUGAUCUAUUGGGACGGAGUGACACUUGGGGCUAG